AUGUCUCCACCGCCACAACUCCCAGACCACAUCCAUAAAAAACCCACAUCACUUCCAGACUUCAUUUUCACAGCUUUUUCUCUUUUCAUUAUCUUCUCUUCCUCCAAACCCACCAUCAAUCUUCUACACAAAUUCCCACCUCCACUGUCUUUCCCACUUAAUCCUCGUCGAUUUCUCAAGAUCCACACCAUGUCCCGCAAAAACCCUAAUCCUAAUCACCCAUUCCCAAACCCGCAGUCCCUCUCCGAGUGGCUCAAACCACGCUUACCCUCUGAUUCCUUCGCUUCUUGGGGAGUUAAACCAGGUACCAAGAAUGUCAACAAUCUCUGGCUAGAGCUUUCAGAGGGCGAAAUUUCGUUAGCAGAUUCAACCCCUCCGCUCCGGACAGUUGAGGUUAUCAUUGUUCGAAUUAUUGGGAAGGAAAACAAAAUUCUUGUUGAAUCGAAGCAAGAAUUAUCGGACGGGACUGUUAGAAAUCGGUCUCGACCCUUGUCGGAAAAAAUGAAGCCCGGUGAGACCGUGCAACAAGCUGUUGUUCGGGCAGUUAAAGAAGAGCUUGGAUCGAUGGUUAAAUGGUCUUCUGAUAAUUGUGAUGAUGGUGGUAUUGUGAAAAUUGUUCCCAACUCUUAUACUAAGAAGGUGGAGGAAAAGGUUUCCGUUUCGUACCCAGGAUUGCCUGCAUGUUACGUGUUGCAUACAGUGGAUGCAAUGGUGGAGGGUUUGCCAGACUGCGAAUUUUGUACUGAAGAAGGCGAUGAGUAUGGGGAUUCUGACGAAAAGAAAAUAGCAGAUGGGGCGGUUUCUUGUAAAAAGCAUUACUGGAUAUGGGUUGAGUCUGAUUAUGUUUGA